CUCGUUUCGUUCUUUUCGCUUUUAACAUUUUCACGAUAUUCAUGAUGGCUUCAGAGUCUGGCAGAGACCCCAAGGAUGAUGGAGACAAAGCGACGAGGCUCGAGGAUAGGCGCAUGCUUAUCCUCUAUGGCUCCGAAACGGGGAAUAGCCAAGACCUUGCGGGCGACCUCGAAAGGCUCGUGGAGAGACUACAUUUCCAAACAUUUGUCUGUGAGAUGAAUGAUGUCGAACUUAACGUUUUACUACAAUACCCUUUGAUCAUCUUCGUCAUAUCUACCACCGGCCAAGGCGAAAUACCUCGGAACGCGAUCAAAUUCUGGAAGAGCCUCCUCCGCAAACGACUACCGCCGAACUGUCUACAACAAGUCAACUUCACAACUUUUGGUCUUGGCGAUAGUUCAUAUACCAAGUAUAACUGGGCAGUUAGGAAACUUCACAAACGCCUAGAACAGCUGGGUGCGACCGAGUUCUUUGCCCGUGGCGAGGCUGAUGAGCGUCACCAAGACGGCAUCGACGGCACAUUUUUAUCUUGGUCGUUAAGCCUUCGGAGUCAUCUUUUAAAGGAAUAUCCUUUACCCGAAGGCUUAUCGCCUAUACCCCCGGAAGUUCAGCUUCCCCCAAAAUUCACAUUAGAACUAGUAUCCAACAUGGAUACAUCAGAUGAGCCAAUGCCUGACCGGGACACUCAAGAGGCCAAGAGUCCGAGCAACGCAGGCGUAGACGCAGACGCAGCUCUUGCCACUACCACGUUACCAAGUGGCAAUCCUUCACCUGUCUAUCAGGAAAAGGCUCUCGAUAGAACUGCAGCACUUUUUAGCCAUGCUGAUACGCCUAACCCCAAAGCUUUGGAGCAGGCUUUACGGGCAGAAAGAAUGUCCAUCAACAGCAACACGUACGUUGCUCGUUUAUCGGAGAAUACAGCCAAAGUAAUUCGCGGUGGAAUAGAUACUCUAGACAAACCCAAUGUGCUAAGAGAUCAUCCAUCAAAGUACUCUGUCGAGGAUUUGAGCACUAAGGAAGCACUUCCUCCCGCAGAUCUUCUUCCCAUACCCCGAGCAUGGCCCGCCGUUUUGAUAGAGAACCGCCGAGUUACUCCUACUUCUCAUUGGCAAGAUGUUCGUCAUCUCAUUUUCGACGUUCCCGCACAGCCAGACGUCUCUAGAAAGGGAGACUUAGGCCUCUUCAGUUACGUACCUGGCGACGCAGUCGUCAUCCAUCCUAAGAACUUCCCCGCGGAUGUGCAAGCGUUGAUCGAUCUCAUGGGCUGGCAAGAUGUCGCCGAUUUGCCAUUUGAGCAUCGGGCAAACCAACAGCACAUGCUAUAUUCACGACCUAGAAAUUGUCACCCGCUUGCUAAUUCUACCCUUCGACAACUCCUACUUCACAACUAUGAUAUUACUGCAAUUCCCAAGCGAAUCUUCUUCCAGGAGAUCGCGUUUUACACCGAAGAUCCCACGCACUCAGAACGGCUCAGAGAGUUCUCAAACCCAAGCUUAUCAGAUGAAUUCUAUGACUAUACAUCCCGACCUCGACGAUCUAUUCUGGAGGUUCUACAGGAUUUCCCAAGUGUCAAGAUCCCUUACGAGCACGUUCCGUCCAUUUUCCCCCUUAUACGUGGUCGAGAAUACAGUGUUGCAAGUGGCGGUUCGCUUCUUAAGAGUGAAGAUAAUCAUCAGGUCACAAGAGUAGAGCUCUUGGUGGCGCUAGUGAAGUACAAGACUGUGUUACGAAAGACCCGGCAGGGUCUCUGCUCUCGCUAUCUAGCAUCUCUAAGUCCUGGAACAACCAUCAAUUUGGUACAUAGAGAAUAUGACAUGCUACAGACGGAGCUCAUUCGUAGACCGCUACUAGCGAUUUCCCCGGGCACGGGGGUUGCGCCGAUACGCGCUCACAUUUGGGACCGUCAGGAUUACGCAGAUGCCGGUGAUAUUCUCCUGGUAUUUGGCGGGCGAAACCGUGACGCCGACUUUUACUUUAAGGAGGAAUGGGAAUCAUUUGGCGUCAAGGUUCUCACAGCAUUCUCCAGAGACCAGCAGGAGAAGAUCUACGUGCAGGAUCGUAUCCGCGAGAACGCGCUAAUGAUCUGCGAUAUUAUCCAGAAGAGAUGCGUCGUCUGUAUCUGCGGAAGCGCAGGAAAGAUGCCGGAGGCAGUUCGUUCAGCCCUAUGCGAUGCUAUGGUCAUUGGAAAGCUGGCCUCCGACCGGGAGACGGCGAAUAAAUUGCUACACAUGAACAACCCCAUAUGGGAAGAAGUUUGGUGAUAUGGAGGAGGAUCGCUAGCAAUCUGCCUUUCAGACUGGGUUGAUUGUACCAAUUGUGGUUCUCUUCACCAUGCCUACUCGAUAAGGUUUAGGAUGUAAUGAAAAACAUCACGAGCA